AUGGGCGUCGCCUCCGCUGUUCUCAUUGUCAUCCUCACCAUCUUCUUCCCUCCGCUGGGCGUUUGGGCGGUGGCAGGAUGUGGGAUGGACCUCUUCAUCAACAUCUGCCUGACGGUCCUGGGCUACCUACCUGGCCAUAUCCAUGCGUUCUACAUCGAGUACGUCUACUACGACCGCCGCGAGCAGGCCCACGAGGGACGCUUCCCAACCGGCCCAGCUCCUGGGGUCUAUUCGGACAAUGUCCAGACUGGGGGUCAAGGCUACGGCACGAUUGCUCAGCCUACCGGCUAG